UUUUGGUACUAAUUCCGAAUAAAGCUUUAUAAAGCUUUAUCCUUGUUCCACCACUCUAUUUUCCAUCGAUUUCGACAUUUCGUCUCCCCAGACGUUCCCCUCCAAACCCUAUCGGUCUCCUUUUCUCCUGCCUCUUUCCGUCAGCGAAAUCGACUACAGUCUGCAAAGAGGGUUAUUCAAUACAGCGAAGAUUGGCGGCCAUGUUUUUAUCCCUUGCGUCUCAAAGUUCCUCACCCUUCUUUGCCAUGUUAGUCGAUAGAUAAAUCUUCAAUACUCUUAGCUCCGUUGACAAGUUCGCUGCCCUCCUUGUUUGGAUCCACCAGCUUAUUUCAAGCAGAAGUAUAAAAUUCGCGCUCGGAUAACAGUAAACUCGUGAUUUCUUACUUCUCCGAUAGUCGCUAUUUGCCGCUCCAAAGCAGGAGCGUGGGUCUGACAUGGCUGCUUGGGUAACCAAGGAAAUAUAGAAGCUUGCGAGGGUUUUUGUCAAAAUCGGAUAUAUGGCAGCACAAGGACAGGCGGUCAUGGACCCUGCUGUGCUAGACGACAUAAUCAGAAGGUUGACGGAGGUCCGAUCAGCCAGGCCGGGCAAGCAGGUCCAGCUAUCCGAAGCUGAGAUCAAGCAGCUUUGUGUCGCCUCCCGUGAGGUCUUCCUUCAGCAGCCCAAUUUACUCGAGCUAGAAGCCCCCAUCAAGAUAUGCGGUGAUGUUCAUGGGCAAUACAGUGAUUUAUUGAGGCUUUUCGAGUAUGGAGGUUUUCCACCUGAAGCCAACUAUCUAUUCUUAGGAGACUAUGUUGAUCGUGGCAAACAGAGCUUGGAGACUAUAUGCCUCUUGCUUGCCUACAAGAUUAAGUACCCGGAGAACUUUUUCCUUCUAAGAGGGAAUCACGAAUGUGCUUCUAUAAACCGCAUUUAUGGAUUCUAUGACGAGUGCAAGAGACGGUUCAAUGUGAGGCUUUGGAAAUCUUUCACUGACUCUUUUAAUUGCCUUCCUGUUGCGGCUCUUGUAGACGACAAAAUAUUAUGCAUGCAUGGUGGUCUUUCCCCUGAUUUGACACAUUUAGAUCAAAUCAGAAACUUGCCUCGCCCCACUGCUGUUCCAGACACAGGUUUACUGUGCGAUUUGCUGUGGUCAGAUCCUGGUAGAGAUGUUAAAGGGUGGGGAAUGAAUGACAGAGGAGUUUCAUAUACCUUUGGCCCUGAUAAGGUAUCCGAAUUCUUGAACAAGCAUGAUUUGGACCUUGUUUGCCGUGCACAUCAGGUUGUAGAGGAUGGAUAUGAGUUCUUUGCUGAUAGGCAACUUGUGACCGUAUUCUCAGCUCCCAAUUAUUGCGGCGAAUUCGAUAAUGCUGGUGCUAUGAUGUGUGUCGAUGAGAACCUGAUGUGCUCCUUUCAGAUUUUGAAGCCUGCCGAGAAAAAAGCUAAGUUCAUGAUGUCAAACAAAAUGUGAAGGGGCCAAGACUUGGAACACUUGGUCUUGAGUCUCAUGGAGGGUUGGUGAACCGUUGCAAUUGAAAUGACCAGAUGAGCAGAUGUUAUACAACCUGUUUAGCUGCGUGGGACGCGAAGCUAAGGAGGGAAGCGAGGAACAGUUCUGCAUUUUCAAAUAUCUUUUUAUCUCGUGUCUCCUUUUAGACUCUCUUGUGUUUCUGACUGGCAGUGACAUUACCCGACAAUGCAUUCGCACGCAUCUCUCCGGGCUGGCUGAUUGAAAUCAAUUUUUUUUUUUUUUUUUGGUUUUGCUGGAGGGGUUGUUUCCAGCCGCCUGGCCAGACCACCAACCUUGGAAGUUGGCGGAAUUGGAAUUGGCUAUGUUUCUUCUAUAUGUUUGUGUGUCUUGUGUUGUGUCUAUGUCCUCAAGUAUGGUUGCCACGGGCGGCUAUUGGUAAAGAUUUUUCUGUCAAAAACAUCUGUUUGGGUGAGCCAGCACAAUACUAUUUUGCCAGCAGGUCCUAACUUUCCUUCAAUUGCCACUAAAGAAUUGAAUACUUGGCUGUCGGUCAUCAUAAUCAUAAGCAAAGAG